AUGGCCGAAAUCCUCGAUGUCUCGCCCGUCGGGUGGGAUAAUAUGAAGAAACACUGGUGGCAAUUUGUCUUCAUUGGCAUCCUGCUAGCAUGUGUUGUUAUCGGAUCGCUUAAGCUUCUCUACUCGGGUGUAACGCGCCUCUGGAACUAUUAUAAGACAAGGCCGCGAUCAGAGACCAUACCGUCCAACGUCGCCCAGCGACUGGAAAGGCUGUCAGACCGACAGCUGGUAUUGAGGAACUUUGAACGCCGGAAGCCAUCUUCGUUUGGCGUUUACCUGGGUACUUUCCAUUCGCCCCCGACUCAAGACGAGCUUCGCGUUCUGGAUCAGUGGGAUUUGCUGAUUGUCGACCCUUCCCAACCUGGUACUCUCGAGGCGAUUACCACCGCGGAGAGGAAACAACUGGUUGGCCGAGUCGACCUCGAUCGCAUCUUUUCCAAGGAUGAUUCGUUGAUGCUGGCGAUUGAAAAGUUCGAAAAUGUCUUGAUGGAAAGUUUCAACAACACCGUCUUUAGCGGUAUUCUGUUCGCCAACUGGGAAGACAAACUCACGCCGACUGUUUUCUCGAAGCUCAUUGAGGUGGUCGAUGAAUUGUGCUUGGCUGUGUACUUGGAAACUGGACCCGAAAAAUUCUUGAAGGACCAUAAAGCCCUUCAAAAUGACGCCAUAUCUGGAGUCGUCAUGCGAAACGCUAGUAUCAUGCCCCAGGGUGAGAAAAGGGACUACUUCCAGAUCGUGAAACUGCAGCCGACGAUCAAGGCCUUCGUCUCCGAAGCUUGCAUGAGAGACUUUGUGGUACUGGCGUGGGAAACGGUGGACGACAACGCCCCCUUGUCCAAUGCCGUGGUUCAGAGAUCUCUCCAGUGGUGCAAUUUCUACAGUGCGAUCCCGUGGAUUGGCCGGCAGUCUGCCUUGCAAAACGCCGCCCUCAACGUGAAGAUCACCGAACCGCUCUCUUCUUUUGGAUGGCUGAAAGACGCCGAUGUCAUGAAGGCCCAUGAUCGCUGGCGCGCCAACCUACACGUGCAAAACACCGUGGCCGACCAGCAUGAAUGGGACACCCUCGCUCAGUUCUUCCCGGCUUUGGACGACGUUCUGGAUUCUUCCGAAACUCAUGCAGCCAUGACCGACAGCCUUACAACCGCAGUCCGUGAUCCGCCAGAGUGGGUGGCUCAAGUCAAAUCGCAAGGGAGUCCAUUGUCCGUGUCGAUGGCUGGACUGGAAUACAAAUCAUUGGGCUGCUUUCCACUGGGCUCGGAGGCAACGCCAACUGCCUUUGCCGAAAUUCUCCAGUCCCAGCUGCGGCUCAAGUCACUCGCAUUGCUUCAUCCGGUUCCGGCGACUACGGUUCCUGAUAUCGGUAAGGUUUUGAAGAAAUUCCUUCAAACGUACGUCGCCUCCGAGUUGAAUACUUCGGACCAGCUUGUUGCUUCACUCAAGGAGCUGUGCAAUUUGGCUACUAACGAAUCUUUGCGAGUGAAUCUUGCGUUGGAUUCUGGGUUGCGCAAGAGUGUUGACAUUCGUUUCUGGGCUGUAUACCAGAUGGAUUCCGACGGGUUCGAGGUAUUUGCUUCCAAAAACGCUCAAGGAUUGGUGGGUACAGUGUUGCAUACGUUCCUAUCCGCAAAAGGCCACCCUCGCCAUGUUUGUUUCGAGACAGAGAUCGCUUUCGCCAAAUGGUCAAAUGAUCUGGUCGAUGACACUGGGCUUCCCCGUCGACUGGUCCAGGAUAUCGAUGCAUUGAGCCCUGAGGAGCGACUACUUUUGUUGCAGCAUCUGUCCUUGACCGACGCAAAGAGCGAAGCAUCGGACACUAUCUGCGCGUACAUUCGGAGGCAGCUUAUCGAUGCGCCUUCAUUUGUCCAGCUCAAGGAACUCAACACCAUCUCUUACCUCGAAGGAUCUGUCUCUCCCGAGUCCUUGGUUAAUACCCGUGUCACUUGGUAUCAGGAACAGAAGUCAUCUUAUCCAUCUGCAUCUAAAUGUCUUGCCCUCUUCAACCAAACCGAUGCCGUCUUUACUCAGAUUUUGAAAGAGCGCCGCGAGAAUGACCUUGCUCUGAUAUCCAAUGGCCUGUGCAAGCUUCUUCAAAGUGACGUUAUCGACCCGUAUGCCGAUAUCAUGGCGCUUUCGCUUUUCUGUGCUGCAAGAAAGGGUGCCCUGGAUGAGAUCUACGCCGAGGUUACUGAUCGAAACCCCUUGUUCAACAACCAGUCCGAUCAGGCAGCUGCUUUUGCGGAAUCGUUUGCCCUUGGCUCGCGAUGUGAGGCAUACUUUGACAUCUCCCCCAGCGCCUUUGGAAAACUGCUGUCGGAUCGCUUCAGAAAGCAGUACACCGACGAGAAGCUUCCGGAUUGGAUCAAUGGUGCUCCUGAGAUGGCUACGUCGUAUGCCGGUGCGCAAAUUGAUGUCAACCCAGACGAUAAAGUCAAACCAAUGCGCGGAUACCAGCGAUUUACGUUCCUCAGUGUCUUUGCCUUCCCAGCCCUGAUUGAUAUCAUUAUGCUUACCAUCAUCGGUCGCGGAUUGUACCUGUCUGCAUUCAUGACGUACGAGGAGCAAGAGAGCGCCACCAUUGCGUUGAUGAUAUCGCUUGUCCUGUCAGGAGCCAUCGGCACAUGGAUUGCAUGCGGAGGACCAUAUUAUCUAAUCUCCAUGGCCUUUGCUGCCUCGAACAUGUUCGUGCUAAUCAGACUGAUUGCUGGUAUUGCCUUCACUGUCGCUGGUGGUCUGAUUGGAUUCGUUGCGAUCUCAGGAGUGAACGGGCCGCGUGCUGGAAUCAUCUUUUACCUCUAUCUGAUCGCGCUGACAAUCUAUUUUUCCGCCUUUGCAUCGCUUGCCAGUUUCAGUUAUCCAGGAUCCAGCUUUUUGUCGGGUCGCACGAUUAUUUUUGCCUGCAUUCCAAUUCUCUUCAUCUCACCAAUCGUUACGACGUUCACCGGUCAUGAUUCAGCCAUUUAUCUCGCGGUGAUUUACGUUUUCAUCGGCUUCCUUCUCUUUGGUCUGCGCAAUAUCGCCUCUAAGUGGGUCACCUGGUAUCAACACAUCAGAAGAACCGAUGACACUGAAAUCCGCAAAUGGUACGUUGCUACCCACGGUGACGGCAACGAAAAGGUUUUCGGGAACUUGAGUGAUCCUGCUGUUCUCAAGCUGUCGAGAGAGGCACUGUUCAAGGACGUCAUGGCAGAGAAGCAGCGUUGGUUCUUCACGAAGGCAACGACUGACACUCUAGUACUUGAGCUUGCCCGGGACUGGGAUUCAACGAACUUCCUCCUCGACUGGUACUGUCGCUAUGCGGAUGUGCCUCGUCCGAUUCCGUUCAGCUCUGGAUGGAAUAUCCAAACGAAGGUGGCUCUUGACACGCUGCGCAGCUCCCAAAAAGGAAUCCGACUCCACAACGCCUUUAUCCAUUGGCGCCAAUCAAGCAGAGAAAUCGGCUGUGGUAUUCUGUACUUCGUCCUGGCUCUGCUUGAUAAAUGGGUGGAGCUGCUAAGUGGUGGACAUCUUGUCGGUCUCUCGGCCUCGCUUACAGAUGCCUACCGAAUGUCUGUUGGUUUCGGUCUGGCUUACUACCUCAUCGGUGCGGUGUUGAUUGAUACGAAGGCCCAAGAGCUCCAUGAUUUGAUCGGUAAACACUCGGCUGUCGCGGUUGAAACCUCUAAGGAUAUCCGACCAUCGCAGAAGCGGGACAUCAAGUUCAAGCGACAGGUUUACUGGAAGACCUUCGGCAAAUACCUUAUGUGGCACGUGUGGAGUCUUGCCCUGGCUACCGCUCUCAUCUGGAGCUUCCAGUCAUCCGUGGAGGCCAUGAUCAUGUUCUUCUCUUACGUCAUGGCCUACACUGGUUUGCUUUGGUACCAAUAUACGAAGAUUUUCACCGGCCCUCAUGCCUUGAAGCCCUUGCUAGCCGGAACCUGUGUGGGACUUCCGGUUGGUAUUGCUCUGAAGGUCUGUCUUCCUGGGUUCUUGUACUCUCAGGUAAUCGGAUUGGGAUCUGCCACAUGGACCGUGGCCAUCCUCGCCCUUUUUGCGUCAAAGAUGGGCAUGCCAAAGAAGGUGGAGUCUCCCGUGGAGCUCGGCAAGACCUUCCAUGCUUUUACUGCACCAUGGGCCGACCCCGAAUGGUCUCAGCAAGAGUUGCAAACCUUCUUUGAGGGAAUUUCUGUUAUCCCCGCUGAUGCUAGAUUGACUCUCACUCCCAGCAUUCAUCCUGGUGUGGAGGUUAAGAACAUUCUGCUCAUGCGUAGAAAGGAGCCCAGGAUCGAAGAAGCGUUUCCCCAGUCGCAGGAGCUGGUCAACAAAGCCCUGAGCGCCUGGGAAAAGGGGCAAAUUGUGCUAGAGCUCGUGCCCUUAGGGUCUCUGGGUCCGAACAUCCAGGCUUUGAGCUGCAGCACGUCAACUCAGCUCAGGAUUGCGGUGUGCGUGGGACGCGGUCUCGAUGAGCGGAUUGAUGUCAGUGCCAACUGUCAGGUUAUCGCUGAGACUCUCCUUCACGCAGUGGCGGAGUGUAUGCUGCGGAUGCCCCAUGAAUAUGCCGUGCUUGCUGAAUUACUUGUCACUGCUGGUGUGACCGAGACCACCGCCCGACAGCUCCGUGAGGAGACCAAUACGCCGCUCGUCGUGCGCUGGGCCAAGAAGGAGCUUCUGCGCCAGCUUUGUCUUGGGUUUGAAUGUGAUGCUCACUGGGAAAAGCUCCCGAAAUCUGUGCGAAAUGCCCUUUUGGAUCGCUGCCUCGGUCGUCCAUCUCAGUUCCCCGACCAUAAUCGACAGUGGCUCCAGGAGAGUCUGCGACAGUUUGAUACGAACGAUUUUGAAGUGCACGUUGCGCGGACCAACCUCGGCGCUGCCACAGCUGUUAGCAUCCUCGACUACGCGAACUACGGUACCGGAGAAGCUGCCAUCAUCAAAGAUUCGGAAUCCCCAGCCUAUAUUCCUUAUAUCCCGAAGCGACCCCAGAAGGCCAUCUCCAUGCUGAAGAAACUUUGGAGCUCCGUCUACUACACCCUUUCCUCGAUGAUCAAGUUCACUGUCGUUGCUCUGGUUGCUGACCCCGAGUUCCAAAGGGAAUUUGCCCACGUCAUGAGUGAUCGUCCUGCGGCCAUUCGAGUGCCCCUUGUCUUCAUCUUGAAUAUGCUGUGGUCUUAUGCCAAGUUCUUCCAGGACAUGUGUCUCACGUUCUUCCUGUUCGCCGGCCGGACUAAUGUCAAACGGCUCUGGGACGAGACCAAGGGUAUGACAAUCAGCAUCAAGAAGAGCCGGUACAUCAUCCAGAGUUUGGAUGGAACUUUCACGGCCUUUAGACACGAUGAGGCAGAUGGUGGAUUCAAGGUUUACAUCUAUCUUGGGGAAUCUAAAACCGAGCCCGAAGGAACGAAAAGCCUCCGUUACAUCAACACCUACUCCAAGGAGAUCUUGUUGCACAUUCGGCAAGAAUUCAAGGACGGCAAGCUGCUGAACGAGUACCACUAUGACUACCGCGCCCCAACGAAAAAGAACUUUACGCUGUCGAAGACCUCGGACACCAAGAUUCCAAUGGGUCGGCGCUGUGUGCGUGGACAGAACAACUUGCAAAGCAUUCAGUACAACCGCAAGGGUCUUAUCGAGGCAGGUUCUUACAUGAAGGAUGGUAACCUCGUUCGCUUCAAGUACCACUAUCGCAAGAAUCCUCGAUUCGGUGACGAAUUGCUUCGGGCUGAAUUUGCCCUUUCGCAUAUUACCUGUACCGUCUCUUGGUGCGCGCCACCUCUCCGCCAUGCCCAGAAGGUGGAUCGAUGGAUUCCUCACUCCAAGGUGACCGAGGCCACUUUUGUUCAAGGCGCCGACGUGUAUGAAGCCCGUUGGUUGUACGACCACAAGUUCCAUCCGAUGAUCUUCACCACGCUCAAUGGACAAACGGUACAGACCCCGCCCAUGAUCGAACAUGACUACUUGGCCGUGCUUGCAAAGCCCAAAAACACUAGCUUUGUGAAUGACAACCCUCUUGUCUACUGCGAGAGUCUGAACUCGAACAUUUUCACCCGGUCCCUCGGAUUGACAACCAAACGCUUCCCGGUGUCAACCUCGCGUGCUCGCUCACUGAUCUGGAAGGCGUGGAAGGACCGUGCUGAUUUCGAUGGCAUCAUUGUCCGAUGGAUGGAUGACCGGCUUUUGCGGCGAGACAAGACCCUUGCGCCCUACUGGCGCAGCCGGGAUCGCGGAAACCUCGUGGCGGCCAAGAAGUACUUGGAUCUUCGUGCGGAUUCUGUCACGGCUAGUGCCGACCUGGACGACGACAUUUCUAGCUGGACGCCGCUUGCAGUGAAAAUGAGUGAUCUGUUCAACUUCGGACCUGGAGGUGAUGCCGUCGUCAACACUCGGUCGAAGGACUUUGGUUCGGACACCGAGAAAUCGUUGCAUGUCAUGGCAGCUGAUACCGGUACCUGGCCCAACGAAGGUGGCGGUGUCUCUGCCUGUCGACGUGAUAUGAUCAACUCCUUACGGUCCAUCAAAUGGCAUAUGAUCUGCGAGUCGGCCAAUGAUUUCGGCGUUCCCAAGCACCAGACCGAGCAAAACAUUCUGUCCCUGAAGGUGGUUCCUCUCUGGGGAUUGGAUUUCCUCACCCCUACCCACGGUCUCUUCAGAAACAAGCUUGACUCGGAGGUCGAGAACGUCACCUCCGCCAGUGACAACGACAUCAAACUCAACUUCAUCCCGAUUCUCACCGCACUGGUCAAAGGAGCCCGUUCCGUCCAUCUCUCAAAGGCCGAUAUCCACCAAGCCACACGAGCCCUGGUCAACCUCAACACUUACUUCCAGGAAUCGCGCCAUUGGACCCAAGUGUGGAACAGUGAAAUUGUCAAGGAGAGCUGGCGUGAUCUUUGGCUGACCCAGGAGAUGCCCAAUGCCACGCCAUCCUCCGAAUGGUUCCGCACCGAGCUCCCCACGCUCACGUCGCUCGAUGUUGCCUUGGAACUGUGGUACCGAUACUUGUUCAUCUUCUCCAUCCCUAUCCCCGAAAAGAUCCCGAGCGUGUUCCAGGCAUCCCAUCACAGUGUCAGCGCCUCGUACGGAGUGGUCUGCAAGGUCAAGAAGAACUGCACUUUGCAGAUUUGGGACCAUGCCAUCAGCUGGAGAGAAACGAAUCUGUGUCUUUCUUCCGCCCUGUGCAAGCUGUCGCCUUUCGUUCGGAAUUCACUGUUGGGCUUGAUGCGUAUCACUUCGGCUCUCACCCUGCAUCAUGCGGAUAUCAUUCUUCCGUGUGCAGAUUUCUUCAAUCCGGGCUGGGAGGCUGAAAUCGGUACCUGUCAAGGAACGAUCGAGCACCGCAAUGUUUUCCGCCGCAAGGUCGAUCCCGUCGUCAACGGUAUCACUGAUAUGCAGAAGUUCGCCCCCGUCAAGGAAAUCAAGUCCCAGCGUCCCACGGUUACGAUGUUGUCCCACGUCUGGUAUGCCAAGGACAUCAAAACGGCCCUCCUCGCCGCCGACAUCAUCAUCAACCAGUGGAAGUUCGACGAUUACCACCUGGACAUCUACGGAGCCAUCGACAAGGCCCCGACUUACUCCACGGAAUGUCAAGAAAUCAUCGCUUCCAAGGGAUUACGUGGUAAGGUUACACUUCGCGGCACCGCUGAUCCGAUGAAGGUGCUGGAGAACACCUGGCUCUUCUUGAACUCAUCCUUGUCUGAGGGUCUCCCGUUGGCCUUGGGUGAAGCAGCCCUGACCGGUGCUCCUGUCGUCUGUACGGAUGUGGGUGCAUCGCUCCGGGUUCUCAGCGACCCCGACAAUUUCUCUCGAUUCAGUGCGGUCGUCGCCCCCAACGACGCUCUGGCUCUGGCUAAGGCACAGAUCUCGAUGCUCGGAAUGUUGGGCGAAUGGAGCCAGCACGCCGAUGACACGGAGCCCGCUCCGGUGCUCACCUCGUCUCCCACGCCCGAAGAUGUCGAACGCAUCACCCGCCGCAUGUACGAGAAGAGUGACCACCGUCGCAAACUCGGAAUGAUGACGCGCAAGAUCGUGCAGAAGUCUUUCAGCGGUGAUCGAUACCUCCGUGAGCACGAACAGAUGCUCUGGAUCGGUAAGUCCGCGAAGAUCAUGUCCAGCCGCCCUGGCGCCGGCAUCAGCGACCCUGUCGACGUCGCCACAGCUCUCGAACAAACGCUGCCGAUCGAAGAGGAGGUCAUCACCAUUCCUCGCAGCGCCGUCCACUCGUGGCGCUCCUCCGCAGCUUCGGGCAUGUCGACGAUGUACAGCGGCGAUAACUUCCCCAUGCUGGGCGGCAACCAACGUCCUUCUUCCAUCCGAUCCGGUCUCAGCAAUGUGUCCACGGAUACCGAGUCUUUCCUGCCUCUUCCCAGCAACGCCUCGCUCCCGGUGUUCGCGCCACGCCAGGCCCUGUCGUAUUCCGGCGUUUCGGGCCGUCUGUCGCCUUCGGGACGCGCUUCGCCUUCUGGCCGUCUUUCUCCCUUGCCGCAUCGCCACUCGCAUACUCGCUCAAUCUCAACUGCCGGUCGCGAACAGCUGCGUGGUCUUCAGCGCGAAGAUGUGCACCCGUACCGCAACUCGGAUGUCAGUACGAUCAUGAGAGACGAGUUCCUCCAGUCCAGCAUCUACCGGGGCAUCGAGGGUGGUAACUCGAAUCAUGUUUAA